UCCCUCCCUCCCUCCCUCCGUCCCUCCGCCACAGGGCCACGGAGAGGCCGUACGUCUGCGGCUCGCGCUCGGGGAUGGAUCAGGGAUCCGCCGCGGGCACCGGAGGGACCUUCAUUUCCCUGAGCGACACUGAGCAGAGAUGUUACUCGGGGCUGUACGCUCUCUGUCAGCCCGACAGCAGCGGCAAACUGGCGGCUGGGAAGGUGGCGGAGCUGUUCCGGGCGUCGCAGCUGCCGGCCGAGACGCUGCACCAGGUAACAGAGGUGUGCGGUGCUAAGCGGCUUGGCUAUUUCGGCUGUGGACAGUUUUACGUGGCUCUGAAGCUGAUGGCCGCGGCGCAGGCAGGUUUGCCGGUACGUCUGGAGAGCGUUGCAGGCGAACUUCCUCUCCCUUUGUUCAUCGGGAUAACGAACGAGCUUGAGAUGCGUUACCCCAAUCACCCCUCGACCAAUGAGAGUCAGCCUCACAUCCUGGGCUCGCUUACAGGCUCCGCCCCUCGUCCCCCUGCAGACAGACCUGUCCUCAGACACCCUGACACCAGCACGGACAAACAGGAGGCGUGGUCUCCACCGCGGUCACCUGGCAUCUCCCCGCCCCGCUCACCAUCAGCCUAUCGCAGCUAUCCAUAUGGUGCACAAAGAAACGGAACAGACACACUAUUGGCAUAUGAUGGUAAAGUGGCGGGUUGUCCCAGCGUUCCUCAGGAAAACUCCUCUCCCAGUCAUUAUUCUCUCAAACUGCAGCCGGAGCAGCCUGUCAUCACACGCGUUGCGUCUGUGGAGCGGCUGGUGGAGCGAGCGGAGAUGGAUUACUCGGACGACCCCUGGAGGAUCACAGAGGAGCAGCAUGAAUACUACACCAACCAGUUCAGGAGUCUCCAGCCUGACCUCAGCGCUCUCAUCAUGGGAACUGUUGCAAAAAACUUCUUCACCAAGUCGAAGCUUCCGAUUCCAGAGCUGUCUCAUAUAUGGGAGCUGAGCGAUGUCGACAAGGACGGUGCUCUCACUUUCCCAGAGUUCUGCACUGCCUUCCAUCUGAUCGUGGCCCGGAAAAAUGGUUACACUCUUCCUGAAACGCUCCCCGCCACACUGAGACCCGGCUUUGUGGAACCAGGUGUGGUUCCAGCGCCACCAUCUGAGGCGACUGAACCUCUUAUUGUUUUUGAUGACAAUAUGAUGCCUGGAGCCAAUCAGCUCGAAAUGGGUUCUGUUGACCUGCAGAUGACCUCUAGACCAGGUGUGACCUCUAAACAGGACACGAGAGAUGAAAGCAGGAAACCGGAAGAAUUCAGCCCAAAAAGAAUUCCAGACCCGCACGAAAAGCCUAUACAGCAUGUCAGCACUUUAAAACCAGAUUCUCCACAAGAGCUUGAUGCAAACAUGAAGUCAAGAACACGGCCCAGGUCGUAUUCCAGCACCUCCAUAGACGAUGCCAUGAAGAAGGUGGAGGAGCCGCCCACUCCUCCUCCUCGACCCCAGAAGACUCACUCCCGCGCCUCCUCUCUCGACCUCAACAAGCUCUUCCAACAGAGUGCUCAAGGUUCUCGCCCAUCCCAGCAUUCCUUGAGUGCUAAAAGUGGAUGGUUGCCUCGUCCUCCAGCUCUCCCUCCACGACCACCAGCUACACAGAUCUUCAGCUUCCUCCCUGGCUCAGAGAAGAGUUCCCAGAAGGCCGUUCAGCAGGCAAACUUUGCCGAUUUCAGCAAAUUUAGGGAGGAGCAGGAGAGCAGCGUGAGAGGGGGUCUAAGCACAGAGGACCUGGCGCCUCCCAAAUUGGAUUCUACGCUGAGACAUCAAGGCCACGCCCCUCAGAAGCCAGUGCGAAGAAAGCUCCACCCCGAAAGUCAGAGUGCCACGCCCCCCUCGGCUGCGCCCUAUUCUGCUGCAACAUUGACCAAAUCUACACAGAGGCCUCCACCCAAGCAGAAGAGAGAGAUCCAGAUGGCCAUAAGGAAGAACCGAGAAACCAACGCAGUCCUGACACGUCUCAACAGUGAGCUACAGCAACAGCUAAAGGUUGUGCAUCGGGAGCGAGUUACUCUGGAAUCCCAGCUGGAGUUGCUGCGGCCCGUGGCGUCGACCUGACCCGACCCGACCCGACACGUGCUCACUGUCCCUCUCUUUCUGUCUCUAAUACUGUGAGCUGGGACAGGAUACGCACUUUAAGUGACCAAACUGUUUGGUUGUAGGACACAGAACAC